AUGGUGUAUUUCAUCCAAGCUGUACUUUUAGUGGCUCUAGUUAUGGUUAUUUUGCAAAGGAUCAACUCUAUUUAUGUUGAUCUCUCUCCAUAUCAGACAAUCCAGACAAUUUUAAUGAUAGCAGCUGCUAUUCUCAUUUUCCUUGACAACAUCAAGCUAUCAUUUAUAGAAAGGAACUUCUUAUUCAUGAAGCAUUUUAAGGGCAAGGUGGUCUUUCACCUAUUGCUAGGCACUCUUCUUGUCUCAAAAUCUGCUGUGAGUGGCCUUUAGAGACUUGUGGGGAUUUUUUAUAUAUUAUUUGCCGGACUUAUAAUUGUAUUUAUGGUCGCUGACGUUUCAUCAUACCUGCCCUCUGAAAAAGGUAUCUAUAAAAAAGGAAGUGAUUAUUUGGAUUUGGAAUCAUAUGAAGCUGGAGCAGAAGAUAAAAAUCCAUAAUGUGCUUACAAUGAGGCGACUCCACUGAAGUAAGGUAGUAGUGAAUGA